AUGUCGGCGUACGUGCCUGUGAGGCCGACGAGCGAGGGGUGGAAGUUGAGAAGGCCGACCGCGACGAGCGCCCUUCCUGCCCGACCAGGUCCAGGAGAGAGUCGGGACGACUCGACCCGCCGCCUCAUCGUCGUCCUUGAGCAGGCCUGCCUCGAGACGUACAAGCACUCGGCCCCGCCCGGCGCUCGCGGCGGCAAGGGCGAGGACAAGUACUCGCUCCUCAACUGCGACGACCACCAGGGCGUCCUCGCAAAGAUGGGGCGCGACAUUGCCCACGCCCGCCCCGACAUCACCCACCAGUGCCUCCUCACCCUCCUCGACUCGCCCUUGAACAAGGCCGGCCGCCUCCAGGUCUACAUCCACACGGCAAAGGGCGUCCUCAUCGAGGUCAACCCGGCCGUCCGCAUCCCGCGUACCUUCAAGCGCUUCGGCGGCCUCAUGGUCCAGCUCCUGCACCGUCUCUCGAUCCGCUCGAUCAACGGCUCCGAGAAGCUCCUCAAGGUCAUCAAGAACCCGAUCACGGACCACCUCCCGAGCCAGUGCCACAAGAUCACCCUGUCGUUCGACGCCAAGCCUGUCCGCCUGCGCGACUACCUCCCGACAAUCCCGGACACGCACUCGAUCUGCGUCUUUGUCGGCGCCAUGGCUCACGGACCCGACAACUUUGCCGACCACCUCGUCGACGAGAAGGUCGCCAUCUCGGAGUACUCACUCAGCGCGAGCGUCGCGUGCGGCAAGUUCUGCUGCGCGACCGAGGACCUGUUCGGCGUCCUCUAGAAACCGCUCUCGGGCCCCCCUCUCCGCCCUCGUUCCACCGCAGCGUUCCCUUUUCCUCGACCCCUCGUCUCGCCGUUCCUCGUCGUUCCGUUCGUACCCCACGCAUUCGAUUCGUCCUCUCCGCCCGCCCCCGCCUCCCUCGCCUCGCCGCCUCGACUCGCCGAUCCUCCUCGAGCCUCUCCCUCUCCCACCACCCUCUCUCAUCACCUCGCCCGUCACUUGACCGCACUGCGCCCCAUCUAUGAGCGCUCGCGUAGCGCCCGAGCUGCCCUUGCACCUCCCUCGUCCUGGUUCCUCCUCGUCUCUCCUCAAAACGUUGUCACAAGUAGCUCCCCUCCC